CGUCAAGCCCACGCGGGCCAUCAAGUUCCUCUGCAGCUACGGCGGCAAGAUCCUCCCACGUUACCCCGACGGCAAGCUCCGUUACGUAGGCGGCCACACGCGCCUCCUCGCGGUCGAUAGAUCCAUCUCUUUCUCAGGUUAAUCAAUGUUGAAAUUGUUUUGGUGCCUUCUUAAUUGGUGUCAGAGCUGCGGGAUGUAGAUAUUAGAUACAGCUGCAGCAAAGCAUGAACACAGGAGUGACAUAACUCAAAUAUUGGCCAAAGUAGAUGCACAAGAUACAUGCUUGUGUUUUUGUAAGAAAAUAUUUUGUUUUCAAUACUUUCUGUCAAUUCUUUUGAUUUCUUCUUUUUUUAUUCAGUUUUCGACCAUUUUAACCACAUGGAUAAACUUUAGGAAUAGUACUAGAACACUCAGAUCAUUUUUUACUUGGAGAAUACUCAUACAGGUCAAAAAAUUAGGAAUUGUCUAGUUAUGAACUUUUUGAUAGCCCUUUUCUGUAGAAACUAGCAUUGAAAUAUGGUUUAUGAUUACAGAAUUUGCAUCAAUUUGUUGAUGCUUUGUGCAUGUUAUGAUAUAGCUAUUAUCUAGAUUUUUCACGCCUGUAUCUACUCAUUGCUGUAUUUCUUUUGUCGAAGGAGAAAACGAUAGAUUUUGGUGUUUUUCUCCAUUGUAUGCAAUUUGGCUUUCUACUAAUGGAUUACUUGUAGCAUUCAGAUUAGGAGGAUGGAGGAUGUUAAACUGAACUUUAUGAGGGAUUUCAACUGAUGGAUUACAAAUAAUAAUAGAUGGUUAGAUUACAUUCUAUCUUAUUUGUAUGGGGUUUGGGUUUGACAAUCUGUCGAUCCCAUACCACCUCGAAAGUUUUGACUAUAAAUUAAAAAUGAAGGAAAACUGAAGGAAAACAACCUCUAUUGCUUAUAAAUUAAAGUAUUAACUACAAGUGGCUAAGCAACGAAAUAAAGAGAGAUAAAAUACUCAAAUGAAAGCAUUAAAACACAGGUUAUUUCGGGACAGCACUUGGGUGCUCUCAGUAGAAAAGACAUACUGUCAGUUCCAGUCUUCUCUUUCUCUCUUGUUGUUGGAACCUCCUUUGGACAACAAGUAACGGGGCUUUGAGACUUCUAGCUGGAUGGAGCUUUGAUGAAUGACUUUGACUGUUGAAACUUGAGGAUGAAUGACUUUGACUGUUGGAACUUGUGGAAGAAAAGGCUGCAGCUGGAAGUACUUUGGAGCAUCUCGUGGGAUUGCUCCUUUCUUCUCUUCUCUUGCUCUUCGUAGAAGAUGGAAGGCUAGGGUCGACUCGGACUUUGAGAGGGUUGAUUCUUGAUUGAUGUUUCUUGAAAGCUGUGUCACCCUUCUUGGAAGGGUUGAGUCCUAACCUAGUUAGGACUCCUAACUGGCGCCCAACUUGAUGCCCAAUCCAAGUCCAUAUCGGGUUGAAAUGAGUUGAAUCUUUGAGUUGAUUGGAUCGAGCCCUUGAGCUUGGAUUUGGGCUUGAGCUUGAUUUGGUCAGAUUGAGAUUGAUUUGGAGUUCGAAUCAAACUCUGGUUGUGUCGAAUUGGAGUUUGACUCGAACUCUAGUUGAGCUAAAUUAGAGUUUGACUUGAACUCUAGUUGAGUUAAAUUGGAGUAUAUGACUUGAACUGGGUUUGAUCGUCCCUGUUCACUAUCUAAAGGAAGGAUGCAAUUGCAAGAUUCAGCACAAUCAGUGACUACUUUUCUUUCUAUUUUUUGGGUGCAACUGAAAUUGUAGAUUUUGAAUAGGUGGGAUAUUCUCUGGUUUUUAGAGCUUGAUGGAGGAGCAUCUUCAUGGAAUGGUGGUGUUCAAAGAUACUUUCAAGUAGUUAGGGAUUAGAAGCACCUAAAGCGAGGAUGACCUAAUGGAAGAGAAGCAUUUCCAUCAGAAAGUGAUGGCAAUGGUAUGAUAUGCAAUGCUUUUGUCAGCUGUUUCUGUCUGCCAGCAGCACAUGCUGCAAGUUGGUGAAGAAAGAACUGGAUGCCACCAAGCUUUGGUGUUAUCUUUGCUCAAGAAACUAGCAAGCCUGAGGUCUUAGUUGGUUGUGAUUUGAUCAGUUCUCGAUGGUUCAUAUGCAUAAAUCUUCAUGUGAGUACAAAUUUGGCACUUUAAUAUAUGCAUUAGUUAUUUUAAUAAGAAAAAAUCUCAUGCACUAACCUUGUGUAGGUACAAAUUUGUAGAACAAUUAAGUUACUAGAUUGUUUGAUGGUGAAGAAUUCUCCUCUCACAGGGUUAAUCAUGGAUUCUCUUGAUUGGUUCUCUUGAAGUCUCAAAGAAAGUAAUCUAGCUCCAAGUCAAAUAUAGGAGAAAGGAGAUUAGAAGAAUUAAAAUCUACUCCUCAUGCAUCAAUGCAGAAAACAAAAGCUGAGCAGCAGAUGCAGCCUCCUCAGAGUUUGGAGCACUGUAUACAAACCAAGGUUCGCAAUACCGUACCGUACCGGUAUUUCGACCUGGGCUUGGUAUUGGUACGGUACGGUAUACCGAGCGGUACACUCAGGUGUACCGAGUACUGUAGCACUGCUACAGUGAUACAGCAACUGCUACAGUACUCGGACCGGUAACAGUCGGUCCGCGUACCGAAAACCUAUCGGACCGGUACGUACCGCCCGUACCGGACGGUAAGGCUUGGUACGGCAGACCCUGAUACAAACUAUAAGAGACAACAAGUCAGAAAAAGUCAGUCAAUAUAAAGCUUUUAGUUAAAAAAGAGUAAACCUAGUGCACGAGGCUCUCGCCAAUGCGGGGUCUGAUGAGGGUCGAUGUAUGUGAGGCUCUCGUUGUUCUAAAACCCACCCUCACACGUGUGUGUACAUAUAUGUAUAUAUAUAUAUAUGUAUAUAUAUUUAUAUAUGUAUAUAUACAAACUAUAAGAGACAACAAGUCAGAAAAAUAAGUCAGUCAAUAUAAAGCUUUUAGUUAAAAAAGAGUAAACCUAGUGCACGAGGCUUCCGCCAAUGCGGGGUCUGAUGAGGGUCAAUGUAUGCGAGGCUCCCGUUGUUCCAAAACCCACCAUCACACGUGUGUGUAUAUAUAUAUCUGUGUGUGUAUAUAUAUAUAUGUGUAUAUACAUACAUAUGUAUAUACAUAUAUACAUACAUAUGUAUAUAUACAUAUAUAUAUGCGAGGUUUCCUUCACAUUGUUGGACUUGAUUUGGAGCACAAUCGGCAUCCAUGUCUCAUCAACUCAUAGAUCUAGAAUGAAAAUUUUAUCCAAGACUUUGUGUUGAACUCGAGUUGGAUUUUCCAUUUCUACACACUACCAAUCAUAUACAAGACCAGCGCUCCAUCUGUUUAGCUUACUGGUUUCAAGAUGACAAUCCAUAACCGAGAUUUCAUUUUGGGUUUUUGGAUUGCCAAGCUUCACUAACAUCCUUAUUCCGUUCAUUUUGAUUUUUUUCUUUUAACUUACAAUUCUUAACUUUUUUUAAUUGAGAAAGAAAUUAGAGUUGGAAUAUGAUGAAUGUGAUAUCAGUCCCAUUCCUAGCAAGCUGGUUAAUCCAAUUGCAUGAAGGUAAGCUAUCAGUAAGACACCGGAGGAAUAAUUUGGUUUUUUUUUUCUUGAUUUCACAGCAUAAGGUCAAAUUAUGCAGAACAAAAUAUAGGUUGAGCAAGACUAUGUUUUACUUUGUCACUUUCGAUUUAGAUUCAGCUAGUGCUAGUUGUAGUCAGAGAACAUGCAACUUCUUUGCAGUCAACCUGUCCUUUAUUUUUCUAUUAGCCCCCCUACGCAUGAAGAGAUAAUGCUCACUUGUAUGGGAAGCAAAAGAACAAGAGAUGUUUGCAUCUCUUGUUCACAUGAGUUCACAUGAGUUCAAUGGUAGUAGAGUGCUUCAAGGAGCGACAGAUUAGUGGCCACCAAACAUUAGAAGGUUUGAUGAGCUUUCAGAACUAAACUGAUGAACCUUAUCUUCCUUCAUAAAGGUAGGCUGAUAAACACAUUAUAAUAACAAAGGCAGGUACAACAAAAUCAGAAGAAAAUUGUUUGCCAGUUGAAGAAAGAGUUUGGUGGCAUUGGAGUCUACUAAUAGGUUUAUAACUGAAACAGAAUGUUGAUGUUAAAUUUAAACCUUGCGUGUGAUUUUCCAAGUCCUACCUCAGCAGUUGGUGUCCUGACGAAGUACAAGCUUUUCUCUUUCCUUGAAGCUUUGCUGAAAUUUCUGCUCUUUCAGGUUUUUAAUUUGACCCUUCUUCUAGAGGUUCAUUCUCUAUUUAUUCAUUUACAUGAAGCAACUACAAUAUUGUUUGUUCAUCUCUCUCACAAAACAUCUAUUCUCAAAGUUAUGUUGGAAUCAGUCAGUCAUGUUUCUGAAAGGGAUUUGAUAAUUGAUGAAAUAAAUAAGCUUCAGGUCUUGGAAUCUGUAUGGUGCCUCUGCUAAUGAAUGCUGUCUAACAUAGUUCUCUGAGGAUUUUGUUCCCAGUAUUUCCCUUCUCCAAGUGGUUUUUUAGAUUGGAAACAUUUGAUCACAUGUACUGCUCUCAACUUUCUUCAAGUGAUAUCAUGACAGCAUGUUAUAAAGAUGAUGCCAUCAGCAUGAGCUUGCUAGCUUUACAAGGUGACUAGGAUUUCUGUGAGGGGCCUCUGCUUGUGGAAAUUGAGGCUGUAGCUCAUGGAAAAGUUGGAGAAAGUGACAAAACCGGACAAAAGAAUUAGACAGAGAAAGAGAGUGAACAUGACCCUCCCAACUUUUUAUUGGGGGAAUAUGCUGCCUAAUUCAACAACUAAAGAAAGCAUGCAUCAUAUGAGGAACUUGACUUUGACUUGGGGGGAACCUUUCAGCUCCACUCUGUAGACGCCUGUGGAUUAUUACAUGAUUAUGUAAGAAAGUAGAAACCUUACAUUAGAUGUGAAAACAAAUUAGCUAAUAUAUGAAAACACUCAUGUUCUGCAACUACUGGUUGAUGAAUACCAAUUCAGAUAAAGGCAUCAAACAACUAUAGGAGAUUCAAAAUUGAAGUUCCAGACCAUUGAAGUCUUUCUAACUUUUUAGGUAAUCCUUAUGUGAUCAAUCAUGGCAUUCAAAGUAUAUUUUUUUAUUGCACCACUUGAUGAGUAAAUAAUCUGAAAUGUCAUGAUAUUUUAUACUGUAGCACUUCAAGGAGCACACAUCAGUGUGCAUCAUUCGUUUAAAAUUUGUAUGUAUAAUUUGACUUCAAUUAAUUUUCUUUUUACAUUCAGCACAAGAGAAAUAGUGAGUUAAUUACGUAUUACUCCUAUAGUUACUUUUAGCAUUUUGAUUUUUAUAUUUUUAAAGAUUAUAUUAUGAUUUAUAUAUUUACGAAAAUAAAAUAUUUAAUUUUAUUUUUUUUCAUAUCAUCUAUUUUGUUGAUGGAAAUAUUGCACGUGUUGUCACGUGUAAAAAAUAACACUAAAACAUGAUUAAAAAGAUAAUUUCGUAAUGUUAUUCUUAUCGUCCAAAAGGAAAAAAAUACCAGGAGAGAGAGGGAUUUUGUUGGGAAUUCAAUUGCUCCAUAUUUUCUUUGGAGAUUUUGUUGAAAAAUCGUAAUAGGUGAUAUAUAAUUAGCCAAAAAUAAUCCAGUCAAAUAACACCAUCAAUAUUGUUUCAAGUCUCAAUCACAGAAGUAAAGAAUAAUUAUAUCAGUGUUGGGAGAAUGUAAAAUUUUAUAUGAAUAAAUUUUUAACCGUUUGUAGGUGGUUGUAAUGACAUGAUAAUAAAUUUUUAGGCGUUUGUGGUUGUUGGAGGUUUAAAGUGACAUAAAAAACUAUGUUUCGUUAGUUAUUAUUAGAGGGAAUAGUCAACUCAAAUGGAAUAGAAGUAUUAGCCGAUCGAUAAAACUCCUAAAUCUUCUGUGACGUUGAAUAAAUUGAAGAGUUUUUAUUUUCCACGUCAUCCAACUAAUGUUUCCAACAUCCCACUCAGCCUUGUCGUAUACCUACCGGAAGAACACUUACACAUGAACAUUCUUUUUUAUUGAUUGCAAUCUUUCCUACUUCUACCCUUUUAUUUUAUUCUAGUUAUAAGACAUGUACGUACGCGCGGACUACCAACGUAAUCCUUACGAUGGACUACGACAGCUCACACAACAAAUCAAACAACCCACGUCAUACUCGGCACCGAAAGCACGCUCACGCUGGUGGGCCCGCUCCCCUUCACCUACCUACAGGCAGGAGAACGGAACCCGCAGAGUACUUACUCGAGGAGACUGGUGUGGGAACGGAGACGAGGUUGGACUGCAUUUGGCCCUCUUCUUUUCCUAUAGUGAUAAUAAUCGGAGAUCGGAGAGAUGAUGCUGAACAGCGGGAGAGGAGGAGUCGGCGGCGGAGGUGGAAGAGGAGGAGGAGCAACGGGGACGAUGGAGGAGCAGGAGUUGUCGCUGCCGAUCCUGCUGGCCGAGCGGGUCGCCAAGGCCGUCCGCGAGGCGGAGUCGUUCAAGUUGGAGUGCGCCGACGUGGGGAAGCAGGCGGAACACCUCGCCGCCAUGCUCCGCUCCGCUGCCCGCGUCGCCGCUGCCUCUCCCUCCCCCUCCUAUGACCGCCCCCUCCGCCGCGUCCUCGCGGAGGCCGCUAAGGCCCUCGAGCGCGCCCUCGCCCUCGUCCGCCGCUGCCGCCGCGCCGGCUUCCUCCGCCGCGUCGUCACCAUCACCACCGGCUCCACCGACUUCCGCAAGGCCCUCGCCCUCCUUGACGCCUCCGCUGCCGACCUCCGUUGGCUCCUGUCCAUUUACUCCGACGAAGACGGCGGCGGAUUCGCCAUCAGUCUCCCCCCCAUCGCCAGCACCGACCCCAUCCUCGCCUGGGUCUGGAGCUACGCCACCACCGUCCAGUCUCCCGCCCGAGCCCCCGCCGACCGCGCCCACGCCGCCCAGGCCCUCGCCACCCUCGCCCUCGACAACGACCGCAACAAGAAGCUCAUCCUCGAGGAGGGCGGCGUGCCGCCGCUCCUCGCCCUCCUCCGCGACGGUCCCUCCGUCGAGUCGCAGAUUGCCGCGGCCACCGCGCUGUCCAACCUUGCCAGUGACGCCGACAACGUCUCCGUCAUCCUCGAGGAGCUCGCCGUGCCCAUUAUCGUCCAUGUCCUCUCGGAUUCCCCGAUGCGCCUCCAGACCCAGGUGGCCGGCCUCGUGUCCCGUUUAGCCGCCCACCAACCCGUUGCCCAGGAUGAGUUCGCCCGGGAGAAUGGCAUCCGCCCCCUCGUCUCGCUUCUCUGUAUCGGGGUGCCCUUCGAUGACAUCAGACCAACGCAAAGGAAGCCUUCGAGCAUCCACUCUCUCGUUCAGGGAAUGGGCGUACCCUCAUCCAACAGUAAUGCCAGCGGCAGCGGCAGCGGCGGCGGCAGCAGCAGAAGGAGCUCAUUUCUGUUGCGGGACUAUUACCAUCAACAUCGCAAGGACAGGGAGAAUGAGAGCCCCGAAGCGAAGCUUGCGCUCAAGGUUGCCUGCGCUGACGCGCUCUGGAUGCUCGCCAAAGGGUGCCUCUCCAACUGCCGCAAGAUCACCGAAACCAAAGGCCUCCUCUGCCUAUCCAAAAUCAUUGAACUCGAGAAAGGCGAGCUGCAGCAGCACUGCAUGAUGACCGUGAUGGAAAUUGCGGCCGCUGCCGAGAUGGAUGCCGACCUCCGGCGCUCAGCCUUCAGGAUGAACUCCCCGGCUGCGAGGUCGGUGGUGGAGCACCUCAUUCAAGUGUCCCAGCAGGGGAGCAGCGUCGUUCUUCAGAUCUCAGCUAUCAAGGCCAUUGGCUGCUUGGCCAGGACAUUCCCUGCGAAAGAGACCAAGGUCUUAUGCCCGCUCGUUCUCCAACUUGGACAUUGGAACCCAGAGGUGGCGGCUGAAGCAGCCAAGGCUUUGGGGAAGUUUGCUAACCCGGAGAAUUUCAACUGUGUGGAGCACUCAAAGACGAUCACAGAGUUCGCUGGGGUGCCAGUGCUGAUGCAGCUGCACCGAUCAGGUGAGAAGGCACAGCUGCCUGCAGUGAUCCUGCUCAGUUACUUGGCAUUGCACAUUCCUAAGAGUGAAGCUCUGGAACGCGCAAAGGUCUUGGGGGCUCUACAAUCAGUCGCCAGGAGUCCACUGGCACAGGAUUCCUCUAUAAGAGAUAUGCUCCCUAGGGCUAUCUACCAACUUGAGCUUUUUCAGGUUGGAUUGCAUUCCCACAGACAAAUGUAUGAACCGUGAGCUCUACCAUCACUGAUUGGCAUUUCCUCCUCCCUCAAGACAGAUCCACUAUACCUGAGGCCAAUUUAGAAGGAUCUACAUGGAUCCAUUGAGCUUUUUCAGGUGAGAAGGCACAGCUGCCUGCAGUGAUCCUGCUCAGUUACUUGGCAUUGCACAUUCCUAAGAGUGAAGCUCUGGAAUGCGCAAAGGUCUUGGGGGCUCUACAAUCAGUCGCCAGGAGUCCACUGGCACAGGAUUCCUCUUUAAGAGAUAUGCUCCCUCGUGCUAUCUACCAACUUGAGCUUUUUCAGGUUGGAUUGCAUUCCCACAGACAAAUGUAUGAACCGUGAGCUCUACCAUCACUGAUUGGCAUUUCCUCCUCCCUCAAGACAGAUCCACUAUACCUGAGGCCAAUUUAGAAUGAUCUACAUGGUUCCAUUCAACUUGAAAUGAUUUAUCAAAGUAUGAUAUCAUGUUAUUCCAUCAUUUAUUGAGAAACUGAUUGUGGAUCUGAAGAUGCUAUGACAGCUUCAGUGGAUGGUUUCUGGGUAUCUGGACAUAUGAAACAGAGGUCAAAGUUAUUUGACAAGAUUAUUUGUUAUACUGGAUAAAGAGUUGCCGCUGUGCAUACUAGUGACAGUUUGAUGCAACAGUUCACCUUGAUUACUGAUUCUCCCCGGUGCUUUCACCUCUGUACAAGCAUUUUGACAAGCCAAUUGUGCGACAACUCAUGGUUGUUUCUUCUUUAAUGCAUUUUCUCUACCACCAAAGACUUCAAUAUGCCAUACUGCAACUUCAACUAUGUACAGUCUAUAAGCAAGAUGUGCUAUGGUUUUACUGCAAGGUAGCAAGUUAGAAAGUAAGAACACAGAAGAAGCAGGUAUUACAAACAAAAUUAUUUUGCUGGUUCAAGCAAUUUUAACUUAUCCUACUUUAAAGGUGGCUUGCA